UCGGGCCUGAAGGCACCCCUAGUUUUCCGCCCCAAGGGGGGGUCAACUUCGAUUCGUCAACUUUGCCCCCCUUGAAAAUGGGGAAUGGAAUGAACAGAGUUCUACCGGGUCUUUACGUGGGUAACUACAGAGAUUCAAAAGAUUCAUCUCAGUUGGCUAAACAUAACAUUACCCAUAUUGUAGCCAUUCAUGAUACCGCACGAAGGAUACAUUCGGAUAAGCAUUACCUGUGCGUGAUGGCCUCCGACACUCCCGACCAAAAUCUAACCCAGUACUUCUCGCUGUGUAACGACUUUAUCCAUGCCGCCCGACUCCGUGAUGGAAACGUCCUUAUUCACUGUCUUGCUGGUAUGUCCCGAAGUGUAACCGUGGCUGUGGCUUAUAUUAUGUCAGUGACAACCCUAAACUGGAAAGACGCCCUUAAAGUGGUGAGAGCGGGCAGAAAUGUGGCCAAUCCCAACUUGGGGUUCCUAAAACAACUCGAGGAGUUCGAGUGUACCCGUCUUAUUGAUGAACGUCGAAGGUUAAAAGAACGAUACCCUAGUUUGGCCCUGAUUUAUAAGGAUCAGGAGCAGUGCGCCCUAAUGCUCAACAACUACGAGGAACUGUUACAGUCCAGGAGUAUUUGUGAAGGAAAUUGUGCCUUAGGUGAAACAUGUCCAACUGGGCUUUGCAGGUCCGCAACUCAAAGAAAAAGCCGGAAAAGGACCAAUCAGAGAUCCAAGUCAGAAAUGCACAGGAGUCCCAGUACGAGUAGUACUCGCAGUACGUCCAGUACGUGCAGUACUGGAGGUAGACCCAGGUCCGGACCCGCAGGUCUUAGAAGUUUAGGUUCUUCCGCCCCUCCCUCCCGUUCAGGUAGCCGAGUCGAUUUGACCUCAACCUCGUCGUCGCUCGGAAACUACACCGCCCCCUCGACGCCCCAAACGAGCCCUCCGGUGUCGCCCUUAAGGCGUCGGGGCACCCAGGGCAGAGUCCAGGUCCCCCUAGCCCUCAAAGAAGACGAUUUCGACGAUUUGUUGUUAUAGCGAACGCAUUUUUUAAACGCUUUCGGUUUUAAUUUUGACAAUCACAUUUUUUCGUAUUAACUACUACUAAUUUUUACCGGUUAGUUCCUAAUGUGAUUUUUCUAUUAGUUGGAUACUUGGCGCAAUCAAAAAAAAUACAUAUGUAACGAAAAUAGCUCAAAAGUAUUUAGGGUCAAGUAUAACGAAAAAAUGUGACUGCGUUGGUUCAUGCGAGCUGUGAUUGGCUGAGGAGGCUUAAUAGUGUUGUUAAUUAUGGUAUACAGCAGGGAGUGCGAGAGAUUGUGUGCACAAAAAUGGUGGAUUGAGCUUCCAUUUUGUAGCGGUAAUAUUUAUAAAGGUAAAGUUUUACUUGGAGUUUAUUGGCACAAGUCUGAUCAAAAUCAGCUUGCAUCUCACUAAACACAAAACACGUUUAAAAUCUAAGAAUAUUCUUUAGUAGCUCUAAGAAAAGACUCAUAUUUUAGUGACUAAAUUGAAAAUAUUCUUGGAAGUUCGUAAUUCUCUCUACUCUGCUACCAGGCAAUUUAUCCAAUCUCUCUUCUGAUAUGAGGGGUACUAUCGAAUUUGUAUUCUGCCGUCUCAGAUCUACUAUCUGCCUUUCUUAGUUACUGCUGGUCUUCUAUAUCUCCUUCACUGCUGUGUAGCAGUUUCAUUACCCACUCUUUUUUUGUAAGACCUUUGGUUUUCAGAUUCUUUUCACUUAUUUAUUUUGUUUACUGUUAACUUACUUUGUUAAUACAUACAGCGUAUUUCACUAAGCGCGGAUUACAGCUAUAUCUCGAAAAUUGUUAAUCUGACCUCUUUGGAAU